AUGGAACCGAAGCUCUUGUUUUCUUCAACCAAAGCCUCACCGUCCCCUUCUUUAUCCUUUUUUCUCUCAUACAAAUCUCCUUUUCUUCUACAACCCAAACAAUCUACGAAAACCCAUUUGUCACUCUCAAAGAUACUGCCAGAAAAAUCGCUAUUCUGGGGAAAGAGUUUGGUUUUACAUGGGAGAGAUGUUCCUUUGGGUAACCUGACAAAAAACCAUGUCCCGUUUGGGCCAAUAAGUGCUGCUGUGAAGAGAAGGAAAGAGCUUCCCUUUGACAACGUAAUUCAAAAGGAUAAGAAGUUGAAGCUGGUUUUGAAGAUACGAAAAAUUUUAGUGAGCCAACCUGAUAGAGUUAUGUCGCUUAGAGAGUUAGGUAGGUACAGAAGAGACUUGGGUCUGCAGAAAAAGCGUCGUUUUAUUGCCUUGUUAAAGAAGUUCCCCGCAGUGUUUGAGAUUGUUGAAGAAGGGGUUUACUCUUUGCAAUUCAAAUUGACGCCGGAAGCAGAAAGGCUUUAUUUUGAGGAGUUGAAGGUCAGGAAUGAGAUGGAAGAGUUGCUAGUCGUGAAGUUGAGGAAAUUGUUGAUGAUGUCAUUGGAUAAGCGGAUUUUAUUGGAGAAGAUUGCCCAUUUGAGGAAUGAUUUGGGGCUUCCUUUAGAGUUUCGUGAUACAAUUUGUCACCGUUACCCUCAGUUCUUUAAAGUUGUUGCAACUGCGAGAGGUCCGGCUUUAGAAUUAACUCAUUGGGAUCCUGAGCUUGCAGUUUCAGCAGCUGAGUUAUCUGAAGAGGAAAACCGGGUUAGAGAAAUAGAAGAGAAGGAUUUAAUUAUAGAUAGGCCUCUCAAGUUCAAUAGACUAAAACUGCCAAAGGGUCUUAAUCUUUCCAAGGGUGAGAUGAGAAGGAUAUGCCUGUUCAGGGACAUACCUUACAUAUCCCCUUACUCUGAUUUCUCGGGCCUGAGGUCAGGUACAAUUGAGAAAGAGAAACAUGCUUGUGCAGUUGUUCAUGAGAUGUUGAGUCUUACUGUGGAGAAGAGGACCCUUGUGGAUCACCUUACUCAUUUUCGAGAAGAGUUUAGGUUCUCUCAGCAGGUGAGGGGUAUGCUGAUAAGGCACCCUGAUAUGUUUUACGUGUCCUUGAAAGGAGAUAGGGAUUCAGUUUUCCUCAGGGAAGCAUAUCGUGAUUCCCAAUUGAUAGACAAGGAUCGUUUGUUGAUCAUAAAGGAGAAGCUUCGAUCUAUUAUUUCUGUUCCUCGGUUUCCUCGAAGGGGUGCUCCCAGAAGUGAGGCAGAUGGUGCAGAAGGAAAUGAUGUGGCAAAAGGUGGAACUCUUGAGGAGGGUGAGGAAUGGUCUGAUGCUGAUAAAUUUAUGAGUGAUGAUGAGUUUGACAAUGACGAAGAUGAUGAUGAAGAUGAUUGGAGUGAUGAAGAUGAUGAUACACCCCCGGAUUUCGACGAAGAUGGGAAAACACUGAAUAUUGGAGUGAGCAAACCAGUCAAAGAUGAAGAUAAUUCGAGACAGAAUGAUGGAAAGGUACUUGUUCCAGUGUUGCCAGAUGGUCGGCCAAGGGAGCGCUGGUAA